AUGGUAUUCAUCAACACAACCACUCUACGCUUCAACCCCAGGACUUUCUCCACCUUCAUCCAGACUGAUAAACACAACUAUAGACCAGGAGACACGGUCAAAAUGAGAGUCCUGUCCGUCCAACCAGAUGGCAAGCCACACAAGGGCCGUGUGUAUAUCUCAAUAAGGGAACCCAAAGGGAACCUCAUCCAAGGGUGGCCGUCCCUGAACAGUUACCUGGGCGUUGUGUCCAAAGAAUUCCACUUGUCUCAGAACACUCCCCUCGGCAUAUGGACCAUCGAGACCAUGGUGGAUGAGUUGACCACAGAGGAGCAGUUCAUAGUGGAUUACUAUGAGCCGCCCCACUUUGAUGUGCAGGUAAAGACGGCCCCAGAGAUUGUCAUGGUGGACGACCUCUCAGGGACUCUGAAAAUAUCCAGGUACGACAACGAGCCUCUGACUCCAGAGGAUCGGAUGAACUCUGUGUUCAUUGACAUCGGUCACAGAACAUCUAAGCCCAUCGGACAGAACCAGGGAGAAACCAACUCCGAUUCACCACAAGACAAGAUGGAGGACAUAAAAAGCUAUAGACGCUUGACUCUACCAGUGCCUCAGGAUGGGAUCGUACACAUUGAGUUCCAGUUACACAAACAAGUAGAGAUGCUUUUCAUUCAGGCCAUGUUCAUGGGCAGUGAGGAGAGCCUGGAGCUCUACAAUAGUAACCACUCCUCUCCCAGUGGAUCAUACAUCCAGAUCCAACGCCUCCGCUCUCCACCACAGGUGACGUCCAGGGGUCAGGUGGUGGCUGCUGGGACAGCAACCUCUCCCUCCUUCUCUCUGACCCCUGCAGUAUCCUGGUCACCAGAGGCCUGCAUCACUGUGUUCUGUGUCCUACCAGAUGGAGAGAUCAUCAAUGAGUCCAUGCACGUCUUCAUCAAGCCCCAUGGAGUCCUACAAAAUGAAGUAUAUCUGAGCUGGAGCCAUGAGAAGGUGAUGCCAGGUGAAGAGGUGUCCCUCACUGUCCUUGUGAUUGAACCUGGCUCUCUGGUCGGAAUCAUGGUGAUGGACAAGGACUCUGACUCUGAUGGUGACAUCACAGAGGAGAAGGUGCUGGCGGAAAUGACUGAAUACCUCAAGGAGGAGAUAACCCUUCACCAUAAUCAUGAGGCGGAGGAUCAGCCAGAGCGGAGGCCCUCCAUGGGACAGGACUUCUCUAAGACCUGGCUGUGGCUGGACAUGAACAUCAGUGAGUCAACAACAACUAGUUUCCAUGUGGCUGUCCCAGACAGCAUCACCUCCUGGAGAGCAAUGGCGUUUGUUAUGUCAGAUAACCUGGGCUUGGGCCUCACCUUUAAACCACAGAAGCUGAUAGUGUCAACGGAUUUCUCCCUGUCUCUCGAUGUCCCAGAAUGCAUCACCAGAGGAGAGCAGCUUGUCCUCGAGGUCAACCUCUUCAACCAUCUAGAAGAGGACACGGAGGUCAUAGUGGUGGUUGCUGAGAGCUCUCGCUUUGAGUUUGUUCUGGCAGACCGAGACCUUGUUUCUAUGCCUGAGGGUAAAGAACAGUCCUUCUCAGAGACCGUGUUUCUGGAGGUGGUUCCGACCAACCGUAACCUGUCCAGACAGCUCCACUUCUCCUUCCCUCCAGAUGUAGUGCCAGGCAGCGAGAGGGCUCACGUGGCAGUGGUUGGUGAUAUCUUGGGCCUGUCCAUCACAGGGCUGGGCUUGCUGGUUAAGAUGCCUCACGGCUGUGGAGAGCAGAACAUGAUCAACUUCGCUCCCAACGUCUAUGUCCUGCAGCGCUUGGCGAAAUCCAGCCAGCCAUACGAGGAGAUACGCAGCAAGGCUUUGUUAUACAUGAUGGAAGGAUAUCAGAGAGAGCUAUCUUUCCAGAGAGAUGAUGGAUCCUUCAGUGCCUUUGGAGCCAGCGACACUUCUGGUAGUACCUGGCUGACAGCGUUUGUCCUGAGGUGUUUCCUGCAGGCCCAGUCCUUCAUGCAGAUUGACCAGAGUGUUCUCUCCAGGGCCAUGGGCUGGCUGGUCCAGCAGCAGGGAUCCCAGGGAGAGUUCAUCGAGAUGGGCAGGGUCAUUCACACUGAGCUACAGGGAGGCCUGGAUGGACCCGUCUCUCUGACCUCCUAUGUACUGAUGACACUGCUGGAGGACCAGGCCUAUGUGACCAUGUUCCCCGGCAACGUGUCCCUGACCAGGAGCUAUCUGGAGGGCGAAGUGGCUAGCGGGGUGUCCAGUAACUACAGCCUGUGUCUGGCGGCAUACGCUCUGUCUCUGGCUAACAGUCUCACCGCAGGCACAGCCCUGGAUGAGCUCAAGAGCAGAGCUGAUAUUAGAGAUGGGGUCCAGACCUGGCGGUCGUCCAGUGCCGAGGUGUCUGACUCAUGGCAGCCGCGCUCAGCAGAGAUAGAGAUGGCUGCCUACGUGUUGCUGGCGCUGUACAAGCGGGCUAGUGUGGUGGAGGCCAUCUCCCUCAUGAAGUGGCUGAGCCAGCAGAGGAACCACCUGGGGGCAUACGGGAGCACACAGGACACAGUGGUAGCCCUACAAGCCCUGUCUGUCUACGCUGCCUUUAGUGGGGCAGAUGCCAUUGAGCUGGGGGUCGAAGUGUCCACCUCAGUCUCACCUACAGUGUCCCACUUCAACAUCAACUCCACCAACUACCUGGUACAUCAGAGCAAAGAGAUGAAUGUGUUCUACAACAUAGAGGACAGAGUGCUGUCUGAGAGGAGCCAAGAUGACACAGACCAUGAAAGUUUCUCUCUGGACGUUGAAGUGUUAGAUGAUGAGGAUGACCUGGACCACAUCAUGUUAUCCAUAUGCACCAGGCUGCUGGAGAGCCAGAAGAUAGCUCAGACAGGUAUGGUGCUGGUAGAUGUGGGUGUGCUGAGUGGCUUCACCCUUGCGCCACAGGCUGUUGCCACGGGCGACCUGGGGUCCAUCCCUGUGGAGGGGGGUCUGUCUCAGGGGUCCAUCCCUGUGGAGGGGGGUCUGGCUCAGUGGUUCAUCCCUGUGGAGGGGGGUCUGUCUCAGGGGUCCAUCCCCGUGGAGGGGGGUCUGUCUCAGGGGUCCAUCCCUGUGGAGGGGGGUCUGUCUCAGUGGUCCAUCCCUGUGGCGGGGGGUCUGUCUCAGGGGUCCAUCCCUGUGGAGGGGGGUCUGUCUCAGUGGUUCAUCCUUGUGGAGCGGGGUCUGGCUCAGUGGUUCAUCCCUGUGGAGGGGGGUCUGGCUCAGUGGUUCAUCCCUGUGGAGGGGGGUCUGGCUCAGUGGUUCAUCCCUGUGGCGGGUGUCUCAAUUGCGGGGAGCCAGAGUCUGGUGGUGGUCCGAUUGUCGACUAUACCUGGAGGUGGUCUUGAGAAGAGCCGCCGAGCUCUCUUCCAGCGGAAGCUGAUACCCCAUGGAGCAUUCGAAGGGAUAGAGUCCAGUAGCCGAGCAGGGAAGAGUGUUCCUAGCAUAUUCCACCCAGACCAGUUGCCUGCUCCAGGUGGUGGGGUUACUAGCAACGAGACACCAAAGUGUGUCAUGUCUUGA